UGCAUACUAUGUUAUUGUUAUCCUUAAACUUGUUUUUUAAACUCUUAACUUUACAGGUUCCUAUCUCCUUAUUUUUCUAAAAUUAAUCAAAACAAUAAGAUGCCAAAUCAACAACAAUGUUUCAAACUUUCAUCAAAUUAAUGUGAGUGAAUGUCUGAAUUUAUUUUGAUGAUUUUGCGUCGUCUGCAUCCAAAGAAAUUGGAUUUUUGUGUGUGUAGAUCACCUAUUAACUGUUAACAUUAACAUUCUUUGCAAAAUAACUGUCUAAAAGCUGAUCUUAACAGUUCAGCUCUUUCGGUUUAAAAAACAGAAACUGUGCAACAAUCGCAAACGAAUACCUUUAAAAAGGUGUCAAAGAAACAAGAAAUUGAGAUCAUGCUGUCACAUUUGGCAUUUUGAAUUUCCCCAAAACUAAAAACGUGAACAAAAAUGUGCGAAAACUACAACAAACCCCAAAUCGACUACAAGAAAGAAAAGGACGAACUUUCCGAACUGUACAAAAACCGAAUAAUCUACUCGCUCCCAGUCCGCGCCGGCUACUGGUCAAACGAACUCGCAAUCCGCGAACAGUUGGAAUUUUCAUACAACUACAAAAGAGAACACUGCCAGCUCCUCAUCCAAAAAACCCGCAAAAUGUUCCGCAACCUCCUGCGCCCCACUGUCCUCUCCUCCGACACGCCGCACAUCGCCUACAACGUCAACUACCAGAUCAAGUCGUACGGAAUCAAGCAAACCCACCCCUGCGGCAAAGACAGCCUCCAGCCCUUGUACCUCUCGGGGGUCAUAACCGAGCGCGAAAUCGAGAGCACGCAGCACUUCACCCACGGCUGCGUCCUGACCGCCUCCCCGGACCGCAGCCCCUGCAUCCGCAACACGUUCGUGUUCGUGGGCUGCGACUCGGACAAAUCCGGGAAUGUGAACUACGGCGAAGACGUCUACAUUGAAAUUAGCGGCAGCGGAGGCCCGCCUCUGUACGUCCAGUGCGAAAAUUCCACGAUGGACACCUUCGGCAAGCACCCAAGCCUGCGGCUAAGCCGAGUGCCGGACAUUUACUGCCGAUUUAAAAUCCUCCACUGGAAGCCCCAACUGCGGGACGAGACCAGCGGCACGUUCGUGCUCUACAACACCUACGUCAUCGUCCAGCACACGGCCUCUGGACACAACCUGGCCGCGGAGUUCCACAACUGGAUGCCCACUUUUUUCGGGAGCGAGUGCGCGACCGCGUGCCACACGUUCCGGGACACCCACCGCAUGGAAACUAGCGAGAACUUGUGGAAGAUUGUGGGGCACGAGAAGACCGACCUGGACCACGUGCAGCUGGCGCAAAUAGCGCCGAACUUGUGUGAUAAAAAGGAAUAGACGGUUUUAAAAAUUUUA